GCAGAUGGGCAACUAUUUAUGGUCUUGUGAUGCCUUUCUGAGUCAUUUCCCAGCUCCUUGCCCCCCAGGACCCUCCACUAGGGUCUGCCCAGGGGUCUGGGGUCCUUUUUCCUGUAGGCGGUGGCAUGUCACCACUGUGGGACAGCCCCAAGAGUGUGCCUGAGCCUUCCCAUGCACCUCCCUGCUUGGUCCACAGCUUCAGUUCCCAUCCUCGGCUCCAUCGCUGACCCCUGACCCUCGUCUGCCUCGCUCGCUGGCUCAGGGGAAGGAGCCAAGAUAGCGGUUAAAAAGCUGCAGCCUCUCUUGGUCUGUCUCUCCUCCCCUCUGCACAGUCAUUUCUCCCCCCCCACAUCUGUGCUUCCAUCAGCUGGGAAAGAGGUUCUUCAGCCAGCCACCCGCCAAGCAGGAGCACUUCUCCUUCAUUGCACCGCACCCCUUCUUUCCAGGGAUCCCCCUAGGACCUAGCACUGCCAAAGGGCUGGCGGAGCAACCUGGGCACCUCCUGCUGCUUCUCUGGCGAACGAGUGAGGCUGGCGUGGGGCAGUGCCCAGCCCCCAGGAGAAGGCCCCACCAGGCUGCGGCACCGUGGAGCCCAGCUGUAGGGAAGCCUGAGGCUGGGCUGCAGAGGUGCCGUGUGUGUUGGGGGAGCCACCCUGCCCGUGGCCAGGGAUGGGGGCCAAUGGCAGCCCGGCCAGCGAGCUGGGCUCGUGUUUCCGCAGCACCAACCUCAGCACCACCCUCAGCACCACCCUCAGCGCCAACCUCAGCGAGAAGCUGAUCGUCUCGCGCUGGUUCUCCACCGCCUUCGGCAGCAUCGGCCUUGCCUCCAACCUGUUUGCCCUCUGCGUGCUGGUCAGCUCUUCCCGGAAGAUGCACAGCCGUGCCCGCUCCUCCUUCCUCAUCUUCCUCUGCGGCCUGGUGGUGACGGACUUCCUGGGCCUGCUGGUGACCGGGACCAUCAUCAUCUCCUACCACUUCACCAAGUUCAACUGGAUGGUGGUCGACCCCGCCUGCUACCUCUGCAACUUCCUGGGCCUCUCGAUGGUCUUCUUCGGCCAGUGCCCGCUGCUGCUGGGUGCCACCAUGGCUGGGGAGCGCUUCUUUGGCAUCAACCGCCCCUUCUCCCGCUCCACCAGCAUGUCCAAGCGCCGAGCCUGGUUCAUGGUAGGCCUGGUCUGGGCCUUCUCCUUCUCCCUGGGACUCCUGCCCAUCCUGGGCCUGGGGGACUACACCCUGCAGUACCCCAACUCCUGGUGCUUCAUCACGCUGCUGCAUGACCCCAAGAACGUCACCUUCUGCCUGAUCUUCGCCCUGCUGGGCAUCCUGGCCGUCGGCCUCUCCUUUCUCUUCAACACGGUCAGCGUGGUGACGCUGUGCCGGGUCUACCACGACCGCGAGUCGGUGCAGCGGCGGCGGGACAGCGAGGUGGAGAUGAUGGUGCAGCUCGUGGGCAUUAUGAUCAUUGCCACCGUGUGCUGGUUGCCCUUGUUGAUCUUUAUCAUCCAGACGGUCCUGCAGGCGCCCGCCCCUGGCUUGCUGCCCCGCCAGAUCCCGCGGCAGACGGAGGAGAUGCUGCUCAUCUACCUGCGCAUGGUCACCUGGAACCAGAUCCUGGACCCCUGGGUCUACAUCCUCUUCCGCAGGGCCGUGCUAAAGCGCAUCUACCCCAGCCUCAAGGCACGGCCCUCCAUCGUCUCCCUCUACCCCAUGCUCAACCCCUCACUGCGCCGCAAGCUCACCCAGGAGUCCGUGCUGCAGUAGCAGGGGGCAUCUGGGCGGGCAGCGAGCAACGGGCCCAGAGUGGGCACUGCCAGGGCCACCUGCUCAGGGGGGCAUGAGGGAGAGACAGGC